UUCAACCUUCAAGUUUCGGAAUUUUUCUUGUCUCACCAUCCACGACCCUCAUCCCCAUCGACGACCCCAGAUCCUGCCUCCUCGGUUCUCGCAUUCACAAUGAAGUUCACCAUAGGUGUCUCCAUGCUGGCCACCUUGGUCAGCGCCGUCAACGUUGAUAUGGCCAAGCGCGACACGUCUCCGCUCGGUGUCAAGCUCGAGGCUAUUGGCAACUCUGGUGUGAAGGCUGCCCUUACUAACACUGGUGAAUCUGCCAUCAAGCUCUUCAAGACUGGCACCUUCCUUGACAAUGCUCCCGUUGAGAAGGUUGAGGUUUUCGCUGCUGGCAACAAGAUCGACUUUGACGGCAUUCGCCUGCAGAUUGCCACCUCCGGUCUAACCGAGGAGGCUUUCCAAAUUGUCGCUGCCGGCGAGACCGUUGAGGUUGAGUUCGACGCUGCCGAGCUCCACGAUCUGAGCACCGGCGGCGCCGUCGAGAUCGUCGCCCAGGGCUCCUUCCUCUACGCCGAUACCGAUUCCACCGACAUUGCCGGCGCUGUUCCCUUCAGCAGCAACAGCAUAAAGACCGAGAUCAACGGCGAUGCAGCUGCCUCUGUUCGCGCUGCCUUCAUCGAGAAGCGUACGGCCGUGCAGUCCGACUGCACCGGCACUCGCCGCACUGCCACCGUCAACGCCAUCACCCGCUGCCGGUCCCUUGCCGUUGCCGCGUCCUCAGCUGCUGCCUCUGGUCCGGCUGCCCGCAUGACUGAGUACUUCAAAUCCUCUACUACUGCUACCCGCAACACCGUUGCUGCUGUCUUCGGCAGAAUUGUCUCAGAGUGCGGCAGCACUACCUCCGGGGUCUCUCGCCAGUAUUGCAGCGACGUCUACGGCGCCUGCUCCAGCAAUGUCAUCGCAUAUACCCUUCCAUCUCAGUCUUACAUGGUCAACUGCCCCACUUUCUUCACCAUGUCUGCGGCCUCUAGAACUUGCCAUGCACAGGACCAACAGACCACUAUCGUUCACGAGAUGACGCACCUGACCCAGAUCAGAGGCACCUCUGACUACAAUGGAUACGGAUACAACUUUGUCCGCAGCUUGACAGCUUCUCAGAACCUCAACCACGCUGACACUUACACCCUCUUCGCCCAGUCUAUCUACGCUAGCUGCUAA